AUGAUGAACAAUCGAAUCCUCCUGGCACUCAAAGCCACGCCGAGAGAGCUGCUCUUCGGGCGGCCCUUCACCCUGGAGCAAGCAUUACCUGACCAGCUGAGUGACACGACAGCUUCGGACGCAGACAUUCACUUUGCCGUAGCUGAUAGUAUUCGAUGGACGGCACACCUCCGAUCGCUAGAACGCGCGGCUCAGCAGAAGUCCAGUUUCGAGGCAAACGGAAAGAUCGUGCGCUUCGAGAUUGGGGACCUGGUUCAGUGGUACGACUCGGAGGCAGACAACAACCGGCUAUCAGUGAACAAGUUAAAACCACGCUGGUCGGCUCCGGUGCAGAUCUAUGCACGACAGCUCAACUCCUUCUCACUAUGUGACCUGGAGGGCCGACCACUAAAGAACCUCCAAUUUGUGCACUCUAGACGACUACGGCACUACAUCCCAUUACGCGACUCGACGCUGGAUCAGAAGCAUCCAAGAAGACCAGAAACCGGAGACCCAUCGACACAGGACCUGGAGAUUGCAACAGCGGAGGAACGGAUGGCAGAGGAGGCGUGGAGGUCAACCCUCUAA